AAUGUAGCAAGAAACCUUAGGUGAAGCAAACACCCUUUGUUCUUCUGUUAUCUUUAUACGUUGUAUGAACAGCAUUUUCAUUACACUUAAUCGCCUUCUCCAUACUCUACACAUUCUUUACUCUCCAUCGAACAGACCAUACUCUUCAAGUUACUUUCUCCAGUUGAUCCCUUCUACUGUCUUCUCUGGACUUUUGAGUCGGGUCUAUUGCUCUUCUAUAGUAAUAAGAUAUAGGCUUCUCUCAGGACACAUCCGCCAAGUUCCAUACAUAGUGGCCCUAUAGACCAUAUGGUAAACCCUUCUACUAUCCUGCCGCGUUGUCUAGACGUCACACAUGCGCAUUAAUGCACGCAUCAAACCGUCAACACCUAUAUUUAGCAAUCCACCGUAGUAAUUAUUUCAUUUUGUGAUUCCUCUAGAUCAGU